AUGGCAGACAAAGAGAACAUUCAGCCUUCUACCGAAGACAAGGAGAACGCCCAACCUCAGAAGCAAGGCGGCUCUUGGGUCUCAAAGCCCGAAGAUUUCGGCAACAACGUCGGCGGCAAAAUCGAGGACACCCUGUCUCCAGUGGGCAAAUACGCCGGCAAAGGCCUAGAGACGGUUGGCAAACCUCUUGGCGGCGUUAUUGAUCCUCUUGUCGGAGGUGUGAUGAAAUCUGGCAAAGGUUGGGGCGAACAACUUGGUGUCGGAUUUGGAAACCACGAAGGCGGACCGGCGAAGCAAGAAGAGGCGGAAGCCGCACGGAUGAAAGAACCUUUCGGCGGGAAAGAUCAGGACGCCGAGAACCCGCUUGGACUGUGA